CGCGCGCGCGCGCGCGUGUGUGUGUGUGUGUGUGUGUGUGUUUGGGUUAACUUUAGCUACAGAAGUUCUAAAGACCCAUAGAGGUCGUUUACAAUUUUCUGUCUAGUAACUGUUCUUGAAAUUGAUGCGACAAACAUUUAUGCAUGGUAUCUCUUCAUAUCCUUUUUGCAGUGCAAUUGUUUUGAACUGACAUUUGCAAAACUUUUUCAUUUAUUGUACCAAGGAUGUAAAAUAUAUUACAUGUUGUCCCUUUCAGUGUCGUUGGUGCAUACAGCUUCAUAUUUGUUGCAUUUUAUCUUUUGAUAAAUGGAAAAGUUUUACUUAUGAAACAUUCCCAUUUCAGAAUACUGGAAUAAUUUGGGCAGUUAGCCUGGCACUGUCAGUCAGGGGAUAUUGUCUGUCUCCAAGUGGCACCACAAUGCUUUGAUGUAACAAUGCAACAUUGAUUGAAACAACAUCACAACACAGCAUAAGCUGCUCUUUGUUCCCAUUCUCUCUGACCAUUACAAUGUGAAUUCUUGCCAUUUUUUAUUUUAUUAAAAAAAAUUAAUAAUAAUAAUAAUAAUAAUCAUUUUAAAGUUGUAUUUUAAUGAACCAAAUAGUUUUUGCACAUUAUUUAUUUAUUUUCUGUGGAGUUAUUUGUUGUGGUAAAUCAAGGGGAGUGUGGUCUUUACAGUCCACUGCUUAUUGUCCUUUCCAUUUACUGUGUGUGUCUGAUGCACUGUGUUCCUGGGACAAAGACAGGAUUGUUUGUGCUCGGUAGAGUUGUUUGAGCAUGACAAUUAUUGUAUUAUAUCUGGCUUUUGAGGCUGAGCUUUUUCAUGCUUCCUACCCAAUUCAUAAUUCAAGAAAUGUAUCAAUGUUAUGAAAUUGUUUAUGACAAGGUCUAGCAAAUGUAUUAAUUUUUCAAGAUUUUAGUACAUUCAUAAUAGGUAUAAAGAUUUUUGUGACAGAGUUUAGAGCUGUGACUCUCUGCAGUGAUUAAGAGAUUUUGCAUGAUUUAUUUAUUACCUUAUUUAUGUCUUCCUGUACCUAAAAAAGUAACAUAUUUUGACACUUUCAAAAAUUGGAAAUGUGUCUAGCUUUUUUUCCUGUUCAGUUUUUGCUAUUUUCCACAGUAACCACUAGAGGGACUCAUUUCUCUAUAUACAUCUUAAUAAAGGCCAACGUAUGACACCAAAAACUAGGUGUCAGAUAAAUGAUGCUCUUUCUUUAUCAUCCCCUCUCUUUAUCGUGAAGCUGAGUUUUGUGUCACUGUUGCUUACACAUACUUUUACUCAUGUAUGGACUGCAGGGGAACAGAUGGACAAACAUUUGCAUUACUUUAUAAAUAGCGACGUUGCUAGAAUGAACUAUUAACCCCUCAGGUGAACACAGACCUGCUCUAACGGUGGGUGUCCUACAGAGAUGAAUGGGAGCUUGAGGCAAAAAUGCCCCCCAAAUUCAACAUAACACUGCAAACCAAUUAAGCCAAAACGAUUACGGCUCUCAUGAUUAGUGAAAUGUGAAAAUGAAUAAAACGUGUCGAUUGCGGCUUUACAUUUGGAUAUGCGCUAGUUUCUUUAAAAAUUUCCUUUUACUGUUGUUUUUUGCAGCGUUGAUCGCUUCAACCAAUCAAACAAGUAUUUGUUGAGCACAUGGAUGCAACCGCCAAUCAGAGACGUUUAGAUUAGUCAUCGAUGAAGGCUGUGGGGAUGAAGACGACAACUCCCAUGAUUCCACACUAAGUCAUGGCGUCAUCAAAUUACUCCUUUGUUUCUUUGUUUUGUUUUGAAUACGCGCCCUCUAGCAGCGAAAAAUUACAUAUUGUGCCUUUAAGCAGUAUUUAAUAGUCUGAUGUCAUGUCAGGCUUUAGUUGGCCUACCACUUUGGCAAAGUAAAGAUGGCUUUUGUUGAUGCUGAUCAAAUUUUAUUGGCAACAGAAUACAGUUUUCUGAUUGAUUCAUUGAAUUAAUUAAUUGAUUAAAUGUAAAUAUUCAACAUAAAAAAACAUAAAUACAUUUAUAAAAAAAUCUCCCUUUGUAUACAAAUGUAAAAAAAAAAAAAAAAAGAAAUGUUCCAAGAAAUCACUUUCAUGGUGCAAAUAUUGCCCUUUAAAGUUGGUUUCUGACUGUCCAAUUAUGCAAUGUCACUGUGAAAUCAUAAAUUACAGAGAAGGCCAGUUCAUCUGUAAUCUAAAUGUGGCGAGGGCUCUUGGUUUACAGAAUUAAGGAAUUCAGUGUAAGUGUGUAUUUUUGUAAUUUAGUUGUAAAUUAACUGGACAAGCUUGACAGCGGUGCAUGUUCUAAACACUCAAACGUGCCCUUUAACCUGUUGCAGGGGCACUGGUUUGAGUGUUUGGUGUAUUUUCAGGAUGGGGCGAGGGGGAUGAUUAUAUCAAAAAUGAUAUAUUUAGGUCAUAAUUUAUCUGAUGUAAGAUAUGGUGUGUUGUUACAAAAAAGUUCAUUGUGGGUGUGUAUUGAGUGCAUGUGACAGCCUUCCCUUCAUGUUUUAAAUAGAGCCGUCUUUUUGUUUGGCUUCAAACGACCAAUUACUCAAUGCAGCACUCUUGGCUUUCUGACAGCAUGAAUGCAGCAGUGUUUGUUUGAAACAUACCUAAAAACCUUUCACACACUUUUUACCUCAGAAGAGUCAUCUGAGCAUGUGAUGCGCAACACGUGACGCGUAAGCUUUGGCAAUUCUUCAAAUUAUUCAACUUUUUUUUUUUUGUUCAGUUUUGUUUAGAUAUGUCUCGCUUUAUUUUACUACUGCAUGUGGCUCUUGUUCUACUGCCGUCUGUUGUUCAAUAUCUAAACAGAUAUGUUGUCUCCUACAUGAAAAUAGAAAGGAAUGUUUUAAAAGGAAAAUAUAAAUGUCAUUUAUUAGAUAACAAAGCAAGUUUAGGCAAGACCACACACCAUGGUGAUCCCAUAAUUACAGAUUAUUCUUUGUUGUUAUGAAUUUGACACACAAAGUAAAUGGUCUUAAGAUAAUUAUAAAUAUAUAGGCUACACAUAAUUCAGAUCUGAUGAAAUGUUGUAUGAUGAAAUAUAGAAGCGUAUUACAGUAAUACACUGAAUUUAAAUGCUUAUCUUUCUUGACCUGUAUAUCUUGUUGUUACAUCAUGGUUAUGUAUUUCUAUAUUUUCCAGUAUUGUUUGUAAAUGUCAUAGUAAAUAAUAUUGAUGCCAAACGAAUGAAUUCUGCGUGUGAGUGUGUGUGAGUGUGUGUGUGUACAGCUCCAAAGUCCCAAGUCCAAGACAAAUUUCACUUUAGGGUGACGGUAUUAUUCUAAAAGUCAUGUUGACAUGGUGUCAUUGUGCAGGUAAUGGUUACUUGUACGUGAAGUUUCAGUGUGGGUGUAGAUGAGCAAUCGUCUCCAGUGGGGCGUGGCCUGUACCUGUAUAAAUGAAAGCAUGUCUGGAAUGUCAUUCAUUGCAUUGACCAACACAAAGACGGCACAAACAAAACGAACUUGCCAUGCAGAACUCAAUAGCACAGUGCUUUCUCCUUUCUGUUGGGGCUGUUAUUUUUAGCUCUUGUCUGACAGAGUCUACAGCUCAACGGGGGCAUGAGGAAACGUACAAGGGCCUGCAGCUUGAGGCUCUGAAGAGCAUUAUUCUGGAGUACCUCGGGAUGGAUACACCACCCGGGCCUGGUGGAAGAGCUUCUCAUCAGGACCUGGUCAGGAUGUACCGUCAGUAUAGGAGAAUGGGAUACUUGCUUAAGGGCAACUCCAGUGAGGAACAGGAGCCUCAGCCUGCAAGAAGAGCCUCUACGGUGCUCUUUCCUAAAACAGUACAGCUUCUGAAUUCUUCCGUGGAUUCCCGGCAGCAGUGGUUCAGAGCUGUUUUCUACAAAAACUCACGCAUUAAAACUGGAGUCCACCUUAAACAUGCAAGGCUGCAAAUUAAGAGACCACACACGGACCAAAUUACACCAGGCCAGCCAUGGCUCUCAAAAGACGUUGUGGUUAGAAUCCAUAAACCUCCUGGUUUUCAUACAGAGACUGUAUUUCACGCGGGGGACUUGAGCUCUCGGGAUGUUACGUUGGAUUUGACAUUUGCGGUUAAGAAGUGGCUUAAGGACACCAGUGCUGAGCUUUUAGUUGUUGAAAUUUGCCUCCUUAAAAAACAAGAAGUGAGUACACAAUCCACGCCUCAGCUUGUUUUACAACUUGACCAAGUAGUGAGGAGAAGAAACAAGAGAGCUCUGUCUACUAGAGAGGAAAGCGUUGAGGAUGAAGUUCACUGCAGGCGAAAGUCUUUAAAUGUUUCCUUCAAAGACAUCGGCUGGUCAGACUGGGUUAUUGCUCCCUCGGGCUACACUAUGCACUACUGUGAUGGUUCCUGCCCGCAUAAUUAUAAACCUGCUAGUAUGCAUACGCAGGUGAAGUCUCGCCUGCAUCUCUUGUCUAAGGGAACGACACCUGGGCCUUGCUGCGUACCAGCUGCAUAUGAGCCAAUGGUUCUCAUGCACUAUGACAGCCGUGGAAAGUUGAAGCUCACGCCUUUCAACGAUUUGAUAGUUAGUAAAUGCCACUGUGCAUGAACAGCACUGGCACUGGUUAUCUACAGAACAUUAUAUUCUCAAAAGAGAAGAUGAAAAGGAGGCAAAAUAUCUAGCUGAUAAAAUGCAAAUCAAUAUGGUUGCAUUCCUUUGGUUUAUAUAAUAGUUUGGUUUCUUAAGGAAACCCGAUGCCUGCUUUCUGCAUAACACUGAAAUGUUGAAUGGGUACUGUAGUUCCAUGUGAUUGACUUAUUGGAAUAUCAAGUUAUUUAUUGUAAUUUAUUUGAAAUGUUUUUGUACUCGUUUGUUGCUGUGUUGUGAAUGAUUCAAGAAACCUUUUGUAUUUUUGAAAGAAUGUUAAUAAAGUAUAUUGUUUUAAGGAAA